AUGGCGUCUGAAAGACCUUCCACAGCAGGCAGAUCUCCAGAUGAUCUGCGUCUACCAUGGCGUCUGAAAGACCUUCCACAGCAGGCAGAUCUCCAGAUGCGCAGCGUCUACCACUGUAAGAACCUGUCUAUCAACGACCCCAACACAUCUACACAAGUAACAUCUGCAUCGACACCUCGGAACACCUACAACCCCGGCACAUCUACACUAGUGACAUCUGCAUCAACACCUCGGAACACCUACAAUCCCGGCACAUCUACACAAGUAACAUCUGCAUCGACACCUCGGAACACCUACAACCCCGGCACAUCUACACUAGUGACAUCUGCAUCAACACCUCGGAACACCUACAAUCCCGGCACAUCUACACUAGUAACAUCUGCAUCAACACCUCGGAACACCUACAACCCCGGCACAUCUACACAAGUAACAUCUGCAUCAACACCUCGGAACACCUACAACCCCGGCACAUCUACACUAGUGACAUCUGCAUCAACACCUCGGAACACCUACAACCCCGGCACAUCUACACAAGUAACAUCUGCAUCAACACCUCGGAACACCUACAACCCCGGCACAUCUACACUAGUGACAUCUGCAUCAACACCUCGGAACACCUACAACCCCGGCACAUCUACACAAGUAUCAUCUGCAUCAACACCUCGGAACACCUACAACCCCGGCACAUCUACACAAGUAACAUCUGCAUCGAAACCUCGAAACAGCUACAACCCCGGCACAUCUACUCUAGUGACAUCUGCAUCGAAACCUCGAAACAGCUACAACCCCGGCACAUCUACACAAGUAACAUCUGCAUCAACACCUCGGAACACCUACAACCCCGGCACAUCUACACAAGUAACAUCUGCAUCAACACCUCGGAACACCUACAACCCCGGCACAGCUACACAAGUAACAUCUGCAUCAACACCUCGGAACAGCUACAGCCCCGGAACAUUAACACUAGUAACAUCUACAUCGACACCUCGAAACAGCCACCGUUGA